AUGUCGUUCGAAGGAAACGACAACUCAAUCCUGCAAUUCAAUCGACGCAUGUGGCAGUACUGCCAGAAAAAUCAGCUGCUCGCGCUUUUCAUCCACCAAACAGUGAUGCAGUCGCAGGAUAUCCAAUUAAUCGGCCAGCAAUUUAUCUCGAUAACAACAGACACUCCAACUUCUUCGACGGCUCCUACUACCACAACGACUGCUCCUACUACCACAACGACUGCUCCUACUACUACGCCAACUACUACACCCACAACUACAACACCUACUACCACGCCAACUACUACAGUUACAACAACCACGACAACUGAUUCUACUACACUUAGUACUACGACACCUGGAACGACAACUACUCGUAAACAUGGUGGAACUACUGAAAAAGACGAUGAAACGACACCUGGAACGACUACUACUCGUAAACAUGGUGGAACUACUGAAAAAGACGAUGAAACUACGCCUGGAACGACAACUACUCGUAAACAUGGUGGAACUACUGAAAAAGACGAUGAAACGACACCUGGAACGACUACUACUCGUAAACAUGGUGGAACUACUGAAAAAGACGAUGAAACGACACCUGGGACGACUACAACUCGUAAACAUGGUGGAACUACUGAAAAAGACGAUGAAACGACACCUGGAACGACAACUACUCGUAAACAUGGUGGAACUACUGAAAAAGACGAUGAAACGACACCUGGAACGACUACUACUCGUAAACAUGGUGGAACUACUGAAAAAGACGAUGAAACGACACCUGGGACGACUACAACUCGUAAACAUGGUGGAACUACUGAAAAAGACGAUGAAACGACACCUGGAACAACCACAACUCGUAAACAUGGUGGAACUACUGAAAAAGACGAUGAAACGACACCUGGAACGACAACUACUCGUAAACAUGGUGGAACUACUGAAAAAGACGACGCAACGACACCUAGAACUACUACUACUCGUAAACAUGAUGGAACUAUUGAAAAAGACGAUGCAACGACACCUGGAACUACUACUACUCCUACUACAACUACUAACACCAUCACGACGACACCUACUACCACAUCAACUACCACGACGACUCAUACUAUUACUGAAACGACAUCUACUUCAACUACCACGGCGACUCCUACUACUACUGAAAUGACACCAACUACAACAACAGCGACGACUCCUACUACCACCACGACUCCUACUACUACUGAAACGACACCAACUACAACAACAACGACGACUCCUACUACCGCCACGACUCCUACUACUACUGAAACGACACCAACUACAACAACAACGACGACGCCUACUACAACUACCACGACGACUCCUACUACUACUGAAACGACAUCUACUUCAACCACCACGACGACUCCUACUACUACUGAAAUGACAUCAACUACAACAACAACGACGACUCCUACUACCACGACGACUCCUACUACUACUGAAACGACACCAACAACAACGACAACGACGAUUUCUACUACUACUGAAACGACACCAACUACAACAACAUCGACGACGCCUACUACAACUACCGCGACGACUCCUACUACUACUGAAAUGACACCAACUACAACAACAACGACGACUCCUACUACCACCACGACUCCUACUACCACCACUACUCCUACUACUACUGAAACGACACCAACUACAACAACAACGACGACUCCUACUACCACCACGACUCCUACUACUACUGAAACGACACCAACUACAACAACAACGACGACGCCUACUACAACUACCACGACUACUCCUACUACCACGACGACUACUACUACCUCUGAAACGACAUCUACUUCAACUACCACGACGACUCCUACUACUACUGAAAUGACAUCAACUACAACAACAACGACCACUCCUACUACCACGACGACUCCUACUACUACUGAAACGACACCAACUACAACAACAACGACGACGCCUACUACUACUACCACGACAUCAACUUCAACUACCACCACGACUCCUACUACUACUGAAACGACACCAACUACAACAACAACGACGGCGCCUACUACAACUACCACGACAACUCCUACUACCAUGACAACUACUACUACUACUGAAACGACACCAACUACAACAACAACGACGAUGCCUACUACUACUACCACGACACCAACUUCAACUACCACCACGGCUCCUACUACUAGCGAAACGACACCAACUACAACAACAACGACGACUCCUACUACUACUGAAACGAUACCAACUACAACAACAACGACGACACCUACUACAACUACCGCGACGACUCCUACUACCACGACGACUACUACUACUACUGAAACGACAUCUGCUUCAACUACCACGACGACUCCUACUACUACUGAAACGACACCAACUACAACUACCACGACGACUCCUACUACAACAAUGACUCCUACUACUACUGAAACGACACCAACAACAAUAACAACGACGACUCCUACUACAACUACCACGACGACUCCUACUACAACUACCCCGACGACUCCUACUACAACUACAACGACGACUCCUGCUACUACUACCACGACGACUCCUACUACUACUACCACGACUACUCCAACCACUACUACCACGACGACUCCUACUACAACCACAACAACGACACCUAUUACUACAACUACCCCUGUUACUACUACGCAUACAUCUACUACUUCGUCAACUACUACUACAACAACUACCAGUACGACACCUACUACUACCACCACUACCACAUCUUCUACUACUAACAAAAAUGAAAAGACAACUUCUACCACUACUGAUUCUACUACUCUAGACACAACUACUACUACCAAGAAAAAUGAUAAGACUACUCCUACCACCACAACCUCCACUACUUCUGCUACAACUACUACCACUAAAAGAUCCCGUCCAUAG